GUUAGCAGGCGGCUAGGAGCGGGACCCUUGAAAACAAAAACAAUUCCCCGUGUGCUCUUGUCCGUUCCGGGAUGCCACUUAAAUGCUGUGGGACGAUUUACGUAGUAUUUUCUUGAAUAUGUUUGCCUUGUUGGUCUAUUUUAAACGAUAUAACUAGAAUACUCUCUCCUGAGAUUUGUUUUCAGUUCUCCUUGGUGCAAAGUAACGUUUUAGUACAACAUAUCGCGACGUCCGCGAUCUGUUAUUUAAAUCGCUCACUCUUUAAUCUGGCGUAAUCUCUGCUAAAGUAACCGGGUCGCUCGCCUUGCUAAUUAACGUUAGCUAGCAAACAAGAGCUCACAGACUCGGGACUAAAACAAUACAAAAUGCCUCCCAAGAAGCAACAGCUGAAGCCGACAGCAGCCAACGUCUCCAGCUCCCUGGACCUGGAGUCGGAGGACAUCAGCCUGGAGACAACCGUGCCUACCACCGAGGAUGUCUCCUCGUCCGACGAGCAGCGGGGCGGCUCCCAGAAGGUGACCCGCCAGCUGAUCGAGAGGAAAGAGCUGCUGCACAACGUCCAGCUGCUGAAAAUCGAGCUUUCUCAGAAAAACCUGAUCAUAGACAACAUGAAGGCCGACCAUAUGUCCAAGAUCGAGGAACUGGAGGAAAGGCUGAAUGAUGCUCUACAUCAGAAACAAGUUUUAACCCUGAGACUGGACAGCCAGCUAAAACUAGCUCAAGAGGACAACAGGAAGCAGCAGGCUCUGCGUAAGCAAGAGAUGGAGGCCAUCCUGCUCAGGCAGCAGCAGCUGGAAGAGACCAACCGACAGCUGUGCGAAAAGGCCGGAGAGCUGCGGAGGUCUUUCAGGGAUCUGGACAUUUCCCAGGACAAGUACCAGGAGCUCCGCGACCUCCCUGAUGACAAAGUCUCCAUACAGGAAUACGUAGCAAUGCGGUUCUAUGAAGUGGUGGCUCCUCUGCGGGCUCAGCUGGCUGAACUCCGUGUAAAGAAAGGCAGUUUGUCCGAGGAGCUGGACACACACAGAGCCCAGAUGAAGGCCUUGAUGGAGAGCUACGAGGAGGAGCGGCGGCUACGUACCGAACUGGAGCUGAGAAGCCAGAGGCUGACCCUCGAGCUGGCUGACACCAAACAGCAGAUCCAAGAGGGAGAUUUUCGGCGAGACAACUACCCAAACGUCAAGCGUGAGCGCGACAGCUUCGAAGCAGAACUGAAGGAGUUAACCAGGAGAUAUGAGACGCUAGACUUGACUCAUACUGCACUGACCAGGGAAAGGAACACACUCAGCAAAGAGAUGGCAACAUUGCAGCAGUCAGUGACUCUCCUGCAGAAGGACAAGGAGUACCUACACAGGCAGAACAUGGAGCUUAGCGUCCGCUGUGCACAUGCAGAAGACCGCCUGGAGAGGCUGCAGGUACAAUUAGAAGACACUAAGAAGGCUAGAGAGGACGCCUACGAGAAAUAUGUAUCUUCCAGAGACCACUACAAGUCCGAGUACGAGAACAAAUUGAGAGAGGAGUUGGAGAACAUCAGGCUAAAAACCAGCCAGGAGAUAGACAACCUGCAGAGAACCUCCAGGGAAAUGUAUGAGAGGGAGAACAGGAACUUGCGUGAGGCCAGAGACAAUGCAGUGCUGGAGAAGGACAGAGCAGUGGGUGCUGAGAGAGACACUCAGUCCAGAUAUGACCAACUGCUGGAACAGUUUCGUCAGCUCCAGCUGGGUACUGACAGCCGGGUAGCAGAGCUGUCCAACCAGGCCAAGCUGCACGCCUUCGAAGCUGAGCGCGCUCAGAUGGUUAAGGAAGAGACGGCUAAGGCCCUGGCCCAGUGCCAGGUGGAAUGUGAGAAACAGCAGAAGAAACUUGAGGUUCUGACCCAGGAGUUUUACAGGUUGCAGACGUCAUCAGAGAAGCGGUCGGCGGAGCUGCAAGCUCAGAAUGCCGAGCAGGCGUCUCGGCUGGAGACGUAUGAAAAGCUCGAGCAGGAGUUGGACCAGGUCACCAUGCAGGCUGCCGAAAUUGAGAAUGAAGAGGAGGCAGAGAGAGUUCUGUUCUCAUAUGGCUAUGGAGCCAAUGUCCCCACAACGGCCAAAAGACGACUAAAACAGAGCGUUCACCUGGCCCGCAGGGUGCUUCAGCUCGAGAGGCUCAACACGUCACUGAGGAGAGAGCUGGACAGACACAAGUCACAGGCGGGACAGAUAUCUGAAGAGUUGUUGGCAGCCAACCAACUGUUACAGCAGACGCAACAGCCAUAUAGCUACCUGAUAGAGACGGUGAGACAAAGGGAUGCACAGAUCAGCUCGAUGAAAGAGCGAAUCAACUCUCUGGAGGACGAUGUCAGUUCUCUGAGGAAGGAGCGGGCUACUCUGCAACAGGUGAAAAACAACAUGGCCGCCGAUCUGGAGAGACUCCUCAAUCAUCGAGAGGAGCUGGCCGUGAUGAAGCAGGUCCUGAUCAGCAUGCGGUCUGGAUGUGGAGGCGCUUCAAACCUUCUGGAAACAGAUAAAAAUGGUAUCAGGAGCUCUGGUGCAGGAAAACACCACUCCAGACGUAUCGGCAGGACCAUAGAAGAAGAAGAAUCACCAAACAAACCCAGACCAACUGUGUUUACAAAUAAAGAAGUUCCUGAUUGGCACCAAAAGCUGAAGCAGAAACCCAGCUGAGCCGUCAUUUGUUUUAGUACUGGUGUCACUAAGGGCUUUAACAACCUUUUGUUUUAUCGAGGUUUUUGUACUUUAAACUUGUAAAUUACAUUUCCGUCCAAAUUUCUACCAUUUUUGAAAUACAAAUCCAGAGACUGUUA